CAUAUUUGCGACUGGGACUUUUUUAACGCGUCUGUACUCUUCUGCGGAAGGGGCGCACUGGAUUUCUCUCUGCCGAGCACGAAUGUGCCCCUCUUUAGCCCUAUGACCUGGGACUGUUAACAGAUGAGCGGGCACGAGGGGAGCGCCACAGCGGGCGCACACGCGCAGGCACAGCACGCCCUGCCGCAGGGGUGGGAGGCGUCAUAUGACGAGCACCACCAGGCCUGGUAUUACUACAACCGGAGCACUGGCGAGACGUCAUGGACGCCACCGCCUGCGGCGUAUAGCUCGCAUCACACUGCAUCAGCCCAAGCCGCAGACACGGCAGCAACCGCAACAGCCCAGCGGUCAGGUCCUGAUCCAGCAGGAGCAACUGCUGCAGCUGCACACGCCCAUACGGCAAGUGCUGCAGGCAAUGCACCUGGCCCGGCACCAGCCGCAGCCGACCCGGGUGCGGCUGCCGGCGCUUCCGCGGCCCCCUCAACAUCACGCAGCGGCUGGUACUACCGGGACCGCUCCGGCGUCCUGCAUGGCCCCUUUGGCCAGGACCACCUGCACGCCUGGCGCAACUACCUGCCCAUGGACCUGCUGGUGUGGUACGUGGAGCUGGGAGGAGCAGGAGCAGCCGGAGGAGGGGCGGGAGGCAGCAGCAGAGGCGGCGGGGGCAAGAAAUGGCGGCAAGAACAGCAACAGCCACGCGCAGCAGAAAUGGAGGCCACCGGCGGUGGAGCGUCAGCGGACGCAGCUGGUGGUUCACAGCAGGAAGGGAUGAUAGCACAGGACGCAGCGGUGGCACAAGAGGCUGGGGCGCUGCCGGGGCUUGGCAGCUAUGACGACGACGAGGACGAGGCAGCGGGGGGCAGCGAAGCUCACUGUCCUGACGAACGGCCACCGGCUAAGAAGGCGCGCGGGGAGUCAGCAGUGGAUACGGAGACUGAGGUAGAAGGUGGUGGGACGGGGCCCGCGUCAAAGGCAGAUGGCUCAGGCGACGGCGAGGAGGCGGAGGCGGACGGUGGCGGCACGGAGGGCGUGGACGACGCAGCCGAAGGCCAGCAGCCACAGGAGCAGGAGCCGGCGAAUGCGGAGGAGGCCAUUGCCUGCGGCCUGCCGGGCAUUGAGCUAGCGGAGCUGCUGGGGGACGGAGCGCUGCUAACGGACUGGCGGCAGCGAUUCCCCGGCGCCUCACGUGGCCGCCACGGCGUUGCGCCGCCGGCACCGGUGCACGACCACUGGCUUCGAAGCGCCGCAGCUGCUGCGGCGGCGGCCCACGCCCACGCCGCCGCCGCGGCACACUACCACGCCGCCUACCACGGCCAGGGCGCCUACCCGGGAUACGGCGGUGACGCCGGCCCGCGGCCGCCGCCUAGCAGCCGGGAGGAGAGCAUGGCCGAAUACGCCGCGGCGGUGCUGGCGGUCCUGCCGCCGGAUGACGAGGCGGUGGUUCUGGCUCGCCAGGCGGCGGCGGCGGGCCGGAGCCUGGUGGACGUGGUGGCCUUCGCAACCUCGCAGGCGGCCGCGGCGGUGGCGGCCGGCUACGAGCCGCCGCCUGUGGAGGGCGAGGAGGUCAAGCCGCCGCCGGUGAGCGAGCACGGCACGGCGACAGAGUACGUGCGCGACCCGCGCAGCGGGCGGCUGACGGCGGUGCCGGCGGAGGCGGCGCCGCCCAGCUCGGCCAAGGCGCUGUACGGCGAGUUUGGCAACUGGAUGAACCCGGAGCAGAUCGAGGAUUACCUGGCGCAGGCCAAGCAGUGGCGGCGGGAGAAGAUGCCCGCCAUUUGGGCCAAGAAAAAAUUAAAGGAAAUCCGUGAGCUUAAGGAACGCAAGAAGAAGCGACAGGAGCUGCUGCAGUGGGGUCCAGACCUGUAGGGAGCGAAUGUGAUGUCGAAAGAUAUUCAGCUGCACGGUUGGAGGGGUCGAGUGAUGUGUGCGCGUGUGCCACGGUGUGCAUCCAUCAAGGCGUGCUGCUGGAAGCGGCCAAUACAAACGUCCUGCGAUGGCACUAUGCAUGUGUAAGACGUAAUCGAC